AUGAUAUAUAUUGUUGGUCCAAAUAUUCUUUUAGGUACUAUUAUUCUUUAUUUAAUUUGUAAAUUAAUGAGUAUUAUUGUUUGUACAUCUUAUAAUACAAAUUCAUUUGCUUUUUUCAAGGAAUAUUGUAAAAAUCGUUUUUUACACACAUUAGUUGUGUGGUGGGGUAUUUAUUGUAUGUAUUAUCCACCAAUAUGGUUGGAAAUACAGAUUUUACAUCCUAAAUAUUUCAUGGACCUCAAGGUUGGUUGUAAUAAUUUUGAUCAGAGAUAUAUUCUAUCAACAGGUAUUGAUACGAAUUUAUUUCAAUAUUCUGAAAAUUUUAUUAAAAAUAAAUUGAUAUAUAUUGGACGAAUAACAUCAGAAAAAAAUUUAUUUCGAUUAAUUGAUUUAUUUACAUUAAUUCAAGAUGAAUACACUCUAGAUAUUGUUGGUUUUGGUCCAACUGUUGAAGAUGCAUUAAAAUUUGCACAGGCAUUUAUAUGUACAAGUUUAAAUGAAUCAUAUGGUUUUACAUUACUCGAAUCAUUGUCAUGUGGAACACCUAUUAUCUAUCCAAAAUGUCCCGUAUUUGAGCAAUUAUAUAAAACAUAUUUUCCUCAGUUAGAAUAUGAUCUAGAUAAUGACAAUGAAUUUAUCAAUGUACUCAAAUAUAUUAAACAAGAUGAUAAAAAUUUGUGA